AUGGAGUGGAAAAUGAUUGCAAGAGAUUUUGGAGAAAAAUAUCAAUUUUGGAAUUGCCUCGGUGCGCUAGACAGCAAACAUGUUGCUAUUCAAAAACCACCGCUAUCGGGCUCUUUAUAUCACAAUUAUAAAGGAUAUUUCAGCAUUGUUCUCAUGGCACUUGCAAAUGCAAGGAAAGAAUUUAUAAUGAUUGAUGUUGGAGCGGACGGCCGAGUUUCUGAUGGUGGAGUGUUAUUCUACACAAAAUUCUGGGAAUUAUAUCAACAAAGAAGCUUAUUCUUACCACAACCAGCCACAUUACCGAGUACAUCAGAUAUUUUCCCCUUUGUUUUCAUUGGGGAUGAGGCUUUUGCAUUAGGUGAAAAUCUGAUGAAGCCUUAUCCUCAAUAUGCUUGCAACAAUGAACAAAAAACAUUUAACUACAGACUCUCUCGUGCUCGUUCUGUUGUUGAAUGCGCUUUUGGGAUACUACGCACAAAAAUCGGAUUUUUCCAAAAACACAUCAUCAAUUUCGAACCCAGUAAAGCUGCAUUAAUAGUAGCAACAUGUUGCUACUUACAUAAUUACUUGAUUAAAACCUCUCGGAAACAAUACUUGACAUCAAGCUGGAAAGUUGAAACACAAAGCAGUGAGCAAUUAUUGGAUUUAGAGCCUACUAAUAACAGAAAUCCUUCUAGAGACGCAAAAAUGAUAAGACAAAAAUUUUGUCAUUAUUUUAAUAAUGAAGGAAAACUACAAUAG